AUGAUAAAUUUAAUAAAAUCACUCUUCUAAAAAUAGUCUUAACAAUAGAUUGAAGAACAGAAAUAAUUAUCACCUAAUUCUUAUAAACACUUUAAUUAUAAGACUAUUAAUAAGAAUAUAAUUAAAUAAAAAUCUGACUGUUUAGCAAUUGCAAUAAACAUAGAUAAUUCAUUGUUAUUAGUAAGCCAUGAAUCAAGAAUUAAAGUUUAUAGGUUAAAAAAUGAAUAAUUAAAAUAAGUAUAACUAAUCAUAAAUUGCUGCAAGAGAGUAACAGCAAUCAAGUUCUUUAAUAAAUAUUCAUAAUCAUAUAUUUCUUCAUCUAAGGAUUCUAACAUCAUUAUUAGUUCAAGCUAUUUAUGUGCUAAUCCAAAAUAUAUUUAGAAAUUAUAAGGAAAUUCACAAGGAAUGACCAAUUUCAUAAUAAAUAUAGAAGAAGAUGUCAUAGUUUCAUGUAGUUUAGAUUCAAUUAUUAGAUUUUGGAAUAGAAAUACUUCAUCAAAUAUUUCUUCUUGGAUAUGUUCAUAAACAAUUUAAGAUCAUAGUAGUUAUGUUGAAGGAUUAUCAAUCAAUGAUUAAUCAAAUACUGUUAUUACAUGUGGUUUUGAUUCUUGCAUUUUAAUUAUUUAGCGUAAAAAUUCACAAUUUAAAUGGUUAUUAACUCAAAAGAUUCAUUUUCAUGCUUUUAGUCAUUAAAUAAUUUUCAUCAACGAUAAUACAUUUGCUUUUCAAGAUCUUAGUUUAUCAAAAUUAUAGAUUUACUAAAAUAUCAAUGAAAACAAUUAAUCACCUAACUAUAUUAAAAUUUAAGAAGUAGUUUUGGAAGGUAUUAAUAAUGGAAAUAAAAGUUAUUUCUCAUCAAUUUUUAAUCAUAAAAAAUAAGUACUUGUCUAUAAGCAUGGAAACACAAUAAAUUUUUUGAGAGUAAUAAUAAAAAAAAAGACGAAAUAAAAGAGAGAUCUAUUAUUUAGAUUAGAACAGGCAAUUGAUUAUGGAUAGUUAUUCUUUGGAUUUAUAGUUGGUACCUUAAGUGAAGAUGGAUAAUAUUUCAUCACUUGGGAUGAGUUAUCCUAACAAAUUUAAUUAAAGAAAUAUAUGGAAUUAUGA